AUGCCGCAAAAGCCGAGCGACAAGCAGAUGGAGGGCUACAAGCAGAACAACCCGAAACCCCAAGUCCUGACCACCUCGACCGGGGCCCCCAUCCACGAGAAGAAGGCCGUCCUCACCGUGGGCCCGCGGGGACCGAUGCUAAUGCAGGAUGUGGUCUACAUGAACGAGAUGCAACACUUCGACCGCGAGCGUAUCCCGGAGCGCGUCGUACACGCCAAAGGGGCUGGCGCCCACGGCUAUCUGGAGAUCACCCACGACAUCAGCAAGUACACCCGGGCCGAGGUGUUCUCGAAAGUCGGCAAGCAGACGCCGUGCUUCGUCCGUUUCUCCACUGUUGGUGGCGAGUCCGGCUCCUCAGACACCGUCCGUGACCCGCGCGGCUUCGCCAUGAAGUUCUACACGCAGGAGGGCAACUGGGACUUGGUUGGCAACAACACCCCAAUCUUCUUCAUCCGUGACCCGAUCUUCUUCCCCUCAUUUAUCCACACCCAGAAGAGGAACCCGCAGACGCACUUGAAGGACCCGAACGCCAUUUUCGACUUCUGGGGCCACCGCCCGGAGGCCAUCCACCAGGUGAUGUUCCUCUUCUCGGACCGCGGCACUCCGGAUGGUCAUCGCCACAUGAAUGGCUAUGGCUCGCACACCUUCAAGCUGGUGAACAAGGACAACGAGGCGGUGUACUGCAAGUUCCACUUCAAGACGAACCAGGGCGUCAAGAAUCUCCCAGUCGACAAGGCUAACAAGCUGGCCUCUGACGAUCCGGACUACUCGAUUCGCGACUUGUACAAUGCCAUCGAAUCUGGUGAUUUCCCGCAGUGGAAUGUGUUUAUUCAGGUGAUGACCUUCGAGCAGGCCGAGAAAUUUGAGUUCAACCCCUUCGACGUGACUAAGGUGUGGUCCCAGAAGGACUACCCCCUGAUCCCCGUCGGCAAGAUGGUGCUCAACCGCAACCCGAAGAACUACUUUGCCGAGGUCGAGCAGUCGGCCUUCUGCCCGGCCCAUGUUGUGCCCGGCAUUGAGUUCUCGCCGGACCGGAUGCUCCAGGGCCGUAUCUUCUCGUACACCGACACCCACUUCCACCGACUUGGCCCCAACUACCAGCAGUUGCCCAUCAACUGCCCCUUCCGCUCCCGUGCCCAUAACUAUCAGCGUGAUGGAGCCGCAACUUACGAUUCUCAAGGCGAGGCCCCUCACUACUACCCGAACUCGUUCCACGGCCCGGCUGAGCUGCGCACCGGUCAUGCUAAGGAGCACGUGCACACCGUCCAGGGCGAAGUGUCCCGCUACGAUGAUGGAGAUGACCACAACUACGAUCAGCCCCGCGAUUUUUGGACUAAGGUCCUCAACGAGGGUGAACGCGAUCGUCUCGCCGACAACCUUGGCGGUGCCCUCGCCGGCUGCCACGGUUUCAUCAUCGACCGCUUCGUCGCCCAUUGCGACAAGGUGCACCCCGACUUUGGCGCCAAGCUCCGCAAAGCUGUUGAUGCGCAUGGAGGAGCUGCGACCACCGAGAAGGCUCAUAUC